AUGGGGACAAACGCUGCUUUACCCGAUCUUUUGGGUGACGCGUUGCAGCAGCGGCUCGGGAAGACGGUUACUCGUCCAGCAGUGAGCAAAGACAUGGGCGGUGUCCAUCGGCUCAUUGCAGACGGUCAUUUUCGAGCGGCGGUCAAUUUAACUGCUCACUUAUUGACGCAAGCGAAUCAGGGAUUUGGCAUGGCUGGUCAGCCUUCCAGCAAUACGCAGUACACUUUUGAGGUGUGGGCCUGUCGUUUCCAGUUGCUGAUGGCCCUGAAACUGUAUGUGUUGUUGAAUGAAGAAUUGGCCUCAUUUGAGGAACUGGACGCUCCCGACUUGUAUUACCAGUAUUACCCAAAUCUCUUCUCUCAAAAACAAAAAGGAAGUUUGGUGUUGUUCAGUAUGCGUUUGAUCCAUGCUGAAGCACUGUGCUUCACACCGUUUCCGUGGGCAGCUUUAGAACGAAUCGACCGACUGGAACAGAAUGUUAACAAAGUUCUGGCUAACUCAGCGGGAAGGAGCGAACGUUUCCAGAAAAUUUGGAAUGAUCGUUUGUUGGCUGUACAAAAAAUGCGUGCCCGGACUUUAUUCUUUUUGAAGGAGUACACAACAUCGAUGGUUCUGUACAAUCGCCUGUCACGAGCAGAUAUGAACCGAGAGCAGAAGGUAGCAUUAAAACUGAUGCUGAUGAGGAUGGCAUUAGCUGUUGGUGAUGAGAAAAAACUGGAGCGUUAUUCGAAUGAAGUUGCUACGAUGAGCAGUGAUAAUGAUGUGCUGCAUCGGUGCUUGAAGCGCAUUUUUUACGGUGAUUACAGUGAGGCCGUUGAAGUCUUAUACACGCGUCCAGACUUUUCUGCAACGUCUGAGGUGAACAAUUUUCGGAACUGA